AUGGACCAGUACACGCGGAUUCGACAACUCGGCGAAGGGUCGUUCGGAAAUGUGUACCUCAUGCGGGAGAAGCGGGAAGGUGGGAACCUCGUGUGUAUCAAGGAUAUUCCGAUCGCCCCGACGUCGCUCAAGGCAAAGCGCGGCAAGUCGGGCGCAAACGAAGCACAACUUAUGAAGCGGCUGCGCCAUCCCAACCUAAUUGUGUACCUUGACUCGUUCGAGUCGAGGAACCAUCGACACUUGUUCAUCGUGAUGGAGUACUGCUCGGGAGGCGACUUACAUGCGACCCUCCAAGGCAAACGCCGCCUCGAAUCGGAGGCCACUGUGUGCCUCUGGCUCGUCCAGAUCUGCCUCGGGCUCCACUCCAUGCACCAUCGUCGAAUCAUGCACAGGGAUAUCAAGAGCCACAACAUUUUCAUCUCGCACGACGGCCACUUGGUCCUCGGGGACCUCGGCAUGUCUCGAGAGCUCGAUCAAGACGACCUCGCCCACACGACUGUCGGCACGCCUUACUUCAUGUCCCCCGAGCUCUGCGACGGCGAUGGGACGUACUCGUAUGCAUCGGAUGUGUGGGCCGUCGGGUGCGUGCUGUAUGAAAUGUGCACUUUGCACUUUCCAUUUGAGGCCAAGACAACCCCCGCCCUCGUCAAGAAGAUCUGCACAGGCGACUACACGCCUCUCGACCGAAAGUACAGCCCACACCUUCGCCAGCUCCAGGACGACCUCUUGGCAGUGAACCCGACGCAUCGCCCCACGGUCCAACACAUCCUCACAAGCGCCUUCUUGCGACCGGCGCUCGAGUGCUAUGUGUCAGAUGUCGUCAAGUGCGGCUCCAAGCACCACGCCGAUGAAUUGCGCACGCAGCUGCAUGAGUUGCGCCUCGACGCGGUCUGGUCGCAUGUCCACGACCAACUGAAGCCCGCACGUCAAUCGUCGCACCCCCCCGGCACUGUCACCUCCAUCAUUCCCCCGAAUCCACUCAUUCCAGCUCACAACUACAAGCUGGAGGACGACAUGCUGCAAUGGCUCGAAAACGAACGGCAGCGUCAUCUUGUCUUGGUCUUGGGUCGCAUCAAGGAAGCCAGGUGCAGCAACAACCUGUCCCCGAGACCUGCCGUGCCCCAGACGAUCGUUUCCCCCGAGUCCCCACGCCGGUGCCCCCCACCGACCCCAGACCCUGCAUGGCGCCCCCCCGUGCAAUCUUGCGCCCCACCAGCGAGACAUUUGUCAUCGGCACACCGCGCGAAGCACAGCUCGGCCACAUUGCCAUUGGGUUUUCGGAAAGGAGUCCACAUGACACCGAAUGCAAAGCCGUACCUAGCUCAAGCAUGCCAAGACGUUCGAGUGCUGCGGAGGUCUGUGUAUGCACAGGCAGCCCAUGCUCGUACGCACAUAGCGGCUCACAUGGUCCUCGCGUCGUCGUCGCCACCGAAACACGAUGCAUCUGCUUCGAGUGCAGACUCGAUAGAGGAUGCGGCAGUCGCAUCUCCCGACGAAAUCGACGCUGCCUUGCUGCAGUACCAGCGCGACGUCGAGCGGAGGUUGCGCCGCCAGGGAGGCAGACAAUCGACACUCGAUUAA